CUUUUCCACAUUUCUUUUACUUCAUCUUUUUUAAUUCAUUAUGUUAUCAUUUCACCUCCUCCUUUGCAUCGUACCAGUUAUCGUGCUCGCAGCACCGUUUUCCGACAUGGAUCAGAAUGUCGUAUCUGUCAGUAAGAGGUCCUUGUUGAACGCUUUUCGGUCUAUAUACGCGCAUCCAUUAAGUUUCUCAGAGCACCAGGGAAAUACCAAGUUUGCUAAGCUGGAUGCACCGCAGCCUUCCUCGCCAUCCAUCUGGUUAGAUAUGGGCAAGGACGGUGAUACUGUUGUCAUCACGCCUGGUCAAUACCGUUGGGCCAUUCGAAAAUGCUCUACCCGUCAUGUGAAACAAGCAUUGAGACCGAGUAACUGCAUGCGCCUGUCUGUUGACAUUGUAACCAUCACGCCGGCCGAUGGAUUAACCGUAGAAGGCCCGUCUGCACGAUCUCAUAAUUCUUUAAAAGAUGCAACGCAGACCGAGCUGCGACUGUUGGCAUGGCGCUGUGAGCAACACGGAGCCGAUGGCGACUUGAAACCCUGGGCCGAUAUUGAAAUUGUACAAAAGAUGAUCUCAGCGGACAACAAGGAUCUGAUGGAAGGACAAGCAACAACCGUGAUGGGAGCUAAUAUAGAUAUGAAAGACGGUGCAACGGUGGAGCGGUCAAGAAAGACCAUGUUUGAACAGAUCGUUACAAACGACAUUGUAUUUUAGAAAUAUGGAUAUAACCCGAUUUCUUUCAUCUUUUGUACAUAUAAACCAUUUACCCAACUUGCUG